UUGUCACAGACAUAUGGUUGUUAGCUGAUGUGAGCUAGCGUAGGCUAACUCAGUCCCGAAUGGACUCUGCGCAAAUCACGGGGGUGUUCGGAGAACUCUGCGGCCUCUCUACGCCGGUCUCAGCUCAUGUGAGCGAUGAGCAGCUGCCGGAGGCCCGAGUCUAUAAAGUGACAGCAGAGUGGAGUCAGAGUGACCUGGUUCGAGGUUACAGACUUAGGUACUCACAGCAGUGGACUCUGAUCACUGACAGCAGCAAUCACAAGAGCAUCAGGACCGUCCUUCCAUCAGGACCAUGUGCUCCUGUGUCUGGAGAGUUAUUGAGUGAACCGUCACCCGUUCAGGGCCUGAGGGCUGUUGUCAGAGAAGUUGGCAGCCACCAACUCCUGGAGAUAUGGGACUGCCAUGGCCUCAGAAAAUGCCUCAACCUGUCAGCCCUCAACAUACAUGGCAAAGUGUACGACGACGCUCAUUUUGGUUGUCUGUCGUGGUCCGAGUGUGAAAAGAAACUUCUGUACGUCGCAGAGAAGAUUAAGAACUCAGCAGGAGGAAGAGAUACUGGAGAACCUGCCUGCAUUAAGGACCGGAGUGUGUACUGUGAGGACUGGGGUGAGGCACUGACCAGUAAGAGUGUCCCGGUGGUUUGUGUGGUGGAUUUACAGAGUGGCACCGUCAGAGUGUUACAGGGCAUCCCAGCUGAUGUCUCACCUGGACAGGCAUUGUGGGCUCCCGGCAGUCGGUCGGUAUAUUUUGUUGGUUGGUACCACGAACCUUUUAGACUUGGACUGAAGUUCUGCUCCAAUCGCAGGUCUGCUUUGUUCGAACUCGGCCUGAAUGGGCGCUGUGAGUGUCUGUCGGGGGACAACCUUUCAGUGUCCUGUCCCAGGCUGAGUCCAGACGGAUCCGUGUUGAUUUAUCUGCAGGGUAAAGUGUUUGGUCCUCACAACCAGUGCCUCUGUGUACAGCAGCUGGAGCUUAAGAGCAGGAACAUCUCAACGCUGGUUGAUGUUGUCAACAGAUCUCAGACUGGUGAUUUUGCAGGUGUUUAUGAAGCUCUGCCGUCCCACUGCUGGUCUGCAGAUGCUCAGAGGAUUGUAUUCAGCAGCUCCUGCAGAAACUGGAAGGAUCUUUUUAUGGUUGACAGAAGAUCAAAAAAAGUCACCUUCCUGUCUGAUACCCCUCCCAUUUCUGCUGAGUCUUACAUUACACAUCCUCCUCCUCCUCCUCCUCCUCUUCCUCCUCCAUCAUCUCAUCUUCAUCAGGAGCACCAGAGAGAGGGGCAAGAUUCCUCUGAUUCUUCUAAAGUGUACGGCAGCUGGAAGCUGGUGACCGUCCAGAGAGAUCUGAUGGUCGUCUGUUGCUCCAGCCCCAACACCCCCCCCACCCUGAGGGUAGGAUUCCUCCCAUCAGAGGGCGAAGCUGUUAGCUGGCGAACUCUACAGCAGCCUGUUGUGAGCUUUGACUUCCAGUGGACAUCUCUGGACGUGACGCCUCCACCAGAGGAGGACAACACUCAGUACUCUGGUUUAGACUUCGGCGCUGUCCUGGUUAAACCUUGUCCUCUCCUUCAUGAAACCAGGACACCUCUGGUUGUCUUCAUCCAUGGCGGCCCUCAUUCCCAGUUUCCUGCAGAGUGGAACUGCACCACAGCCGGAUUGGUUAAACUGGGCUUCGCUGUACUGAUGGUGAACUAUCGGGGAUCCACUGGGUUUGGCCAGGACAGCAUUUUGUCACUGAUUGGUCAUAUCGGGAGUCAAGAUGUAAAAGAUGUCCAGAGGGCUGUGCUCACUGCGCUGCAGGGCGCCAACACCCUUGAUCCCGAACGCGUCGCUGUAAUUGGCGGAUCUCACGGUGGUUUCCUGUCUUGUCACCUGCUCAGUCAGUAUCCAAACUUCUACAGGGCAUGUGCAGCCAGGAAUCCAGUUAUCAAUGCUGCCACAUUACUGGGAACCAGUGAUAUAGUGGACUGGCGCUACACAAGUGCUGGUUUUCAGUUUGCGUAUGACAACAUACCCACUGCUGAAGUACUGGCAGCAAUGUUGGAGAAGUCACCCAUCACACAUGCAGCAAAGAUUAAGGCUCCAGUGCUUCUGAUGUUGGGUGGAAAAGACAGACGGGUGUCUCCUCACCAGGGUCUGGAGCUUUACAAAGUACUGAAGAGCAGGGGGUCACCUGUCAGGUUGCUGUGGUUUCCAGAAGACGGACAUUCUCUGUCUAGGUUGGACACUCAGGCUGACUGCUUCCUCAACACUGUGUUGUGGCUGAAACAGCAUCUUUGAGUGCACACGCGUGUGCACACACACACACACACACACACCAGUGAAACUGUUCUUCCAAUACUGAGCCAUUUCAGUUGAGCAUUUUUUACUCCGUCUUUGUAACACCAAAAGAAGACU